AUGGCUCAUAGACCUGGGCCCUUCAGAGAACUGUUACUGGGCCACAGUGAGACAAAUAGUACAGAGACUGAGAAUAAAUGUUUAGAAAACCUUAUAGCAACUUGGCAGGGACUCGUGAAGACGCCACGCCUCUGCCCGGGCUUCCUCCGGCUGCGGGGUCUGGAGAAGGUCGGGGUGUUGUCACUUCCUUCGGAGCGGCUCUCUGUAUCCGGGUCGGCCGCUGUAGUUGCCGCUGUGGCUCAGGGGCUGGGCCCGGGUCUCGCUGCCGUCAGAGAGGAGCAGGCUGCGCUCGGCGCUACCUUCUGCGACCUGGCCGUCAGCCCCACGUCGCCGGCCUGGAGGGGCGAAGAAGACGAGGAGGCCAAGGCUCCCUCCGGGGAUUUUGGCACUCUCGAUUAUCAGGAGUUUGUAGUUGACAUUGAGUCCAGACUGAGGAUGGAAGGUGUAGAACUUAAGGAAGAAUGGCAAGAUGAAGAUUUUCCAAUACCUUUACCAGAAGAUGAUAGUAUUGAAGCAGAUAUAUUAGCUGUAACUGGACCAGAGAGUCAGCCUGGCUCACUAGAAGUUAAUGGCAAUAAAGUGAGAAAGAAACUAAUGGCUCCCGACAUUAGCCUAACUCUGGAUCCUAGUGAUGGCUCUGUGUUGUCAGAUGAUUUGGAUGAAAGUGGGGAGAUUGACUUAGAUGACCUAGAUACACCAUCGGAUGACAGUAAUGAAUUUGAGUGGGAAGAUGAUCUUCCAAAACCCAAGACUACUGAAGUUAUUAGGAAAGGCUCAAUUACUGAAUAUACAGCAGCAGAGGAAAAAGAAGAUGGACGACGCUGGCGUAUGUUCAGAAUUGGAGAACAGGACCAUAGGGUUGAUAUGAAAGCAAUUGAACCCUAUAAGAAAGUUAUCAGCCAUGGAGGGUAUUAUGGAGAUGGAUUAAAUGCCAUUGUUGUGUUUGCUGUCUGUUUUAUGCCUGAAAGUGGUCAACCUAAUUAUAGAUACCUGAUGGACAAUCUCUUUAAGUAUGUUAUUGGCACUUUGGAGCUGUUAGUAGCAGAAAACUACAUGAUAGUUUAUUUAAAUGGUGCAACAACUCGAAGAAAAAUGCCCAGUCUGGGAUGGCUCAGGAAAUGCUAUCAACAGAUUGACAGAAGGUUACGGAAAAACCUAAAAUCUCUAAUCAUUGUACAUCCCUCUUGGUUUAUAAGAACACUUCUGGCUAUUACAAGACCAUUUAUUAGCUCAAAAUUCAGCCAAAAAAUUAGAUACGUCUUUAAUUUGGCAGAACUAGCAGAGCUUGUCCCCAUGGAAUAUGUUGGAAUACCAGAAUGCAUAAAACAGUAUGAAGAAGAAAAGUUAAAAAAGAAAAAGAAAAGAGUUGAUCAGGAGCUUAAUGGAAAACAAGAUGAACCGAAAAAUGAACAGUAAGUUUGGCAUCUAGUCCAAACACAACUGAAGAAUGUGCUGAUGAAGCAGUGCUUUUUUGCAUUUAUAAUGCAUUUAUUGGUCCUGAUUUUUAUGUAACCUGUUACAGAAUUGACUUGACUUUUUCUUAAUGGACUUUUGUAUAAGGGACUGUUCACUGCUGUAUUGGUUUGUAGAUCUCUUGAAUUUAGUUCUUUACUAGCUAAUUAUAUUGUAAUCAUUUUAUAUUUUAUAUUGCUUAUUAUAGCAGAGAACCACACUUUAUAUAAAGCAGUUUUUGCAUUUGUUUGUUAAAUGAUGCAUUUUCUUCAGUAAAAUAUUUAUAUGUCUAAAUGGAAAAAGGAAAGAGAUAAUAUAUAUUUUUAUGUUUUUGAGCAAUAUUUUUUAAUGUAUACCUUUCUUGUGGACAAAUAUGCAGGUAAAUUAGACCAUGAUUUUUUAAAGUGCAUGUCAGAAGUUUUGUUUUUGUAAAUGGUUAAAUAUACUUCCUGGGUCACUUAGAAAAUAUGCUCAUAAGGUGAGGGACAGUUAAAAUGGUUUUCAUGAAUAUUCAAAGGUCAUGUACAUAAUCUAAGUAGAUUAGUACAAUUCUGAACAUUUUUCUCACUUAACAUUUAUUGUUUCUUGAUUCAGACACAAAUACAAUUAUAUUGCACACUUUUUUUUUUUAAGACAAAUCAAAAAGCCAUUUCUAGAAUUGGAGAAUUUAAAGAGGUUAAGAAUUGGGGUUUGUGUGUAUAUAUGUAUAUUUUGGACAUUUUAUCUUCUGGCCAAAAGUCAAAACUUCAUAAAAAGGUUUGUUCACUAAUGUGAAAUAAGCUGUGUUUCCAGGAUAUCACUCUUACGAAUUUGUGUGAGUGCAGUGUAGUAGAGAAUGUGAUGAGUUACUCACUGUCACUUCUUCUCUUUAGAAAACAGGGCUGCUUUUUUAACUGCUUUCAAUGUGGGCACUUUACCAAAAUACUUUCCUAUCAGGUGUUUGACCUAGUUAGAUGUGGUGUGUUUUCACAUUUUCUGUUAAAUUGUGUUGACAGUACUGUAAACUAAGUUAUUUUGUAAGUCUUAGAGAAUCAUCAUACUGUGGUGUUAUGGAUGACUCAUUUGGUGUAAGCAUAUAAACUUCUUGUUUAAUUUGGUAAGUACCUUGACUCUACAUUGAAAUUGUACUUAUGCCCCCAGGUAGAACUUAAUUACCCACAGAAUCAUCCAAAAGCAAUAGAUUGCUCUAAUAUACUUGUGGGACUCUAUAUUUGGUGAACUCAGUACUUUUCCUAAUUUAAGGGUCGUACCAUGCUCCAGCCCUUCAUAAGGUAAUUUAUAUGAAAAGAGUAGUGAAAUUGAGAUGCAUGAGAGCUAAACCUUCAAGCUCUAGUCUAUCCUAGAUUGGCUUUUAUCAUUACUGUUUUCACUAUAAACUUUUCCAUUACAGAAGAGAAUUUCCUUUGCUCUUUGUCCUCCCCACUCAUAAACUUGACAUGCUAACCCAAGUCCUAUUUUGGGAGAGGCUGGAGGAUUCCCAGGAUGAGACUCUUCCCUCAGCAGCCUUCUGACUUGACUUGGAACCAGCAGCUGUAGGCAGAUCCUGAACUAUUGUCAUUACAGUGACUAAAACCAAAACCAUAUUGCUUGCUCAGAUCUUAGAAAUACUUUGUGUUGCAAAUGCAAACUAACAAUUUAGGCAUUCCUUCUGAAUUUAUUAUAUGAGAAUUAUGAAUAAAAGAUCAUACUGAAUUUA